CACCUGAGCUCGAAGAUUGGACAUGGACCUGUACAAACAGGGGUAGAACAUUCACACCCCGAAUGCUGAAAUUUUCAAAGGAAGUUGUACUUUCGGUUUGAUGCGAGAUUAGUCCCGUCGUCACAGUAACUGACAGCAAAUCAGUUUCUCGACGCACAAACGCAUCACCAAGGCUGAAACUCACUUCUUUCUAAAAGUCAGCGUGACUGUGAGGUGGCAAAGAUGGAUGAGCUUGACUUCCUUCUGGAGGAACUGUCCCGGACGUCUUCCCAGGAUGCAGAUGCUAUUCCUCAGGCUAGUGUGGGAGUAACUGGGACAGGAGAAGCAAGCAGUAAACCUGGGCAGAUCACUCCAGUGUACACCACCAAACUGCCAGCUGAGGAUACAUCCAGCGUCCACGUCUACAGCCAAAUCCCGGACCAGGUGCAGACCACGCUGCUGAGCCCCGGCUCUGCCACAAGGGAGCUGGACUCCAUUAUGCAGCACCUUCUGGGCCUGGAACAAGGGCUCUGCGAUUCUCCCACAACCUCGGCACCGUCCCCACUCAUUCCAAAAUCGGGACAGGAGGGGGAGAAGACGGAGAGGAAGGGGGUGGAUGAGGGACAAGCGAAGGGAGGAAAGGACAGUGUGUUGGGCACAUGUGACAAUGCGUCCAACAAGGAGGUCAAACCCAGCAAAGCCGGUGCCUCCAUAGAUGAUCUCCUAGGCAGACUGGCCUCCGAUAUGGAGAAGAUGGGAGUGCAGACCUCAGCCAAGGGCCAUUGUGCAUCCUGUGGGAAGUGCAUUGUGGGAAAGUUCAUCACGGCCCUGGGGCAGGUGUGGCACCCGGAGCACUUUGUCUGCCUGAUCUGUCGCGUGGAGCUGGGCACCACCGGCUAUUUCGAGAGGGAGGGGGAGGCCUACUGCCAGAAGGACUACCAGAACCUCUUCUCUCCUCGCUGUGGCUAUUGCAAGGCCCCAAUUCUGCAGAACAUCCUGACAGCCAUGAACCAAUCCUGGCACCCUGAGCACUUCUUCUGCGCCGAGUGUGGAGAGGUGUUUGGUUCUGAGGGGUACAUGGAGCACGAGGGCAAGCCUUACUGCUGCAAUGACUUUUACCGGCUCUUCGCGCCCAAGUGCUCUGGCUGCGGAAAGCCAGUGCAGGAGAACUACCUGUCUGCGGCCAACGGGACCUGGCACCCACAAUGCUUCGUCUGUGCUGUAUGUCGCCUUCUGCCCGGACCGGCGUGAGGGCCAUCUGUACCAUAUGUGUGCCACAAACACGCCAUCCUUACACACAAAGCCAGGGGGCGCUCAUGAGCAGUGUUCGUUGUCCUUAUGCAGGGGUGUUGCAUUGCUAAUAGGCAUGAUUAUCGAUUGGAGGGUUUUUCCUGGAGGACAGACUGUAAGAUCUGUCACAGAAACAAAGCGUCACCACAUUCUAGAUGCAAA